GUGAUAAUUGUCACUGAUGUCAGAGUCAGAUGAAAAGUGCCAUAACCUCAAAAACUAAUGAAUGAUUUCUGAAGACAAGAAUAUCAUAUUUAUGGAAACAUAUAAGUAAAGUAUUUGGAAACUCGGUAGCAACAUUUUAUCGUCGUCAUGGCUGGAACGUUAUUCCGUUCUAUGCUAAACUCUACAUUAUCGGCUUAUAAGGCGAACCCCACUCAUAUACGUACUAUACACAGUUCAUCAGUUUUUUAUGCUGCCCGUAAGGGUACUAGAGCAAAGGCUCGUGCAAAAAAAGUGAAAGUUGAGAUUACUAAAGUAGGGUUUAUUCCCCAUAACCAGAGAGGAGCUAAUAAAGCCGCAGCUAAAAUUCACACACCCAAGCAUGUAGACGACUCCAUGAAACUAAUAUCAAAAGAUGAUGUUUUUCCCAUUAAGUAUUAUCAAUGGGUGGUGUAUUCUGCCGAGGAUGCUGUCCGUGCUCACCAAGAGACACAUCAUGCCACAAUGUACAAUGAGCCUAGUGCAUUUGUGUAUGCUAGGGUUGAGAUGAAUAUGGAGGCUGCGAAAAAGAACCGCUUUGUAGACCCAUUUGUGCGGUUAGCUCUCCUGCCUCACCAUUUUCCGCGGGAAGAGGAACGCACCAUCCUCGCUUUCUGCAAAGCUCCCGAGCAGGUCAAGCAGGCUAGUGAGGCUGGGGCUACCACUGUUGGAGGAACUGAUUUGAUUAAAAAGAUUCAGGAAGGCUCCAUAAAAGUGGCAGAAUACGACUUCGUGAUCGCUCACCCCAACAUACUCACAGAGCUGGUGCCCAUCCGAGGGCUGAUGAAGCGGAAGUUCCCGAACGUUCGCGCCGGCACCGUGGACACCAAUCUAGUGGACAUGGUCCGCAAGUUCGCCGCUGGCGUCCAGUAUAGAGUGACGAGGGAUGAAUAUCAGCAGAAUUUCGGAAGCUGCGAUGUCCCUAUUGGCAGGUUAAAUAUGGAGGUAAAACAAGUCGCUGAGAAUAUUGCAGCGCUGCUAAAGGACAUACAGUCUGUGAGGCCAAAGAGGGAUGGACUUUUCAUUACCAAGUGUCUAAUCAGCAGUCCCCCGUCAACAGAGAAACUGAAGAUAGAUCCGUUUGUGCACGUAGACAGGACACUGGCGCAGGAGGUGCGAGACGACAGCGACGAUGAGGACGACGCGGUGGCUGUAGCCCAGUGAUAAACUGUACAACUGAUGGCCUAUGAUGCUUGCAAUUUUGUCAUUUAUCUACGUGGAUAAAGCAUCCGUCACGUUCUGGCAAGUAUGUCAGUGUGAGAGUGACAGGUGUUUUAUCCACAUUGAUAAGUAGUAAAAUUGGAAGCAUAAUAAUAAUAAGCCCUAUUGGUUGACAAUACUGAUAUGGAUCGGCAAUCCGCUUCAGUGUGAUAGCGGCUCCACACGCUUUUGUGACAAACACCCGCUGAAUUGCCGCGGUUUAUCAAAAACCCCUGGGAUUUUAGAAGAAAACAAAAAUGUCUACUGUAAAAAAAAUAUAUCGCGAUUUUUUCUACUGGCAAGUUGGGAUGAUUAAAGUCCUUAAUUUUUUUUUGCCUUUGUUCAUUUGGCAAUUUAAAACAUGUGGUUUGUGGUCCUAAACACAAAAAACCUAAGGAGUUGUUUGUAUAUUCCUAAAUAAUAAGGUGUACCUAGACUGGUUUCAAUGAAAAAAAAUUUUCUCUGUUGUACAGUGUGCACACAGGAGUGACUUGCGGAUUCAUAUCCCAUAUGAAAGCCGUCUUAGAAAUGUUUACCUAUAAAAUAUUAUUUAUAAAUUGUG